AUGGCGUACGCUCAGCCCUUCCCUCUCGCUGCGCCUCAGCACAAAGGCCCGUCUCAGCCCACAUUCGGCCCAGACCUUGCCGUUCGCCUCAUCUGCCCCGAAUGCAGAGAUCCGAAUCCCAAUAUUGUCGAGGAGUUCGGUAGUGGAGACCUCGUUUGUGGUAACUGUGGUUUGGUUCUGGGGGAUAGGAUCGUCGACACGAGAAGUGAAUGGCGGACUUUCGCAAACGACGAAGGAGAUGACCCAUCGCGUGUUGGUGCCGCCUCGGAUCCUCUAAUGGAGGGAAUGGAGCAGUUGGACACUGUCAUUAGCUUCAGGGAUGGGGGGUCGGGUAUUGCACGAGAGCUUCAACGCGCGGCGUCACGCUCCCAAAGCUCCCGUUCUGAACGCAACAUCCUCACCGCGUUCCGGGACAUUUCGAGCUGGUGCGACCAGUUCUCCCUACCCAAAACGAUCAGCGAUAUCGCGAAACAGCUAUACAAGCGGUCCGAUGAAGAGAAGCUCCUUCGCGGAAAGCCGUUGGAUGCUGUCAUCGCGGCUUGCAUCUUCAUUGCUUGUCGACAGGCCCAUGUACCGCGGACGUUCCGUGAGAUUUGCAACCUCACGCACGUAUCGAAGAAAAUUCUCGGACAAUGCUAUAAAGCAUUAGAACAGGCAUUCAACCUGUCGCCGGGCGCGUCGACAAACAACACGUCGUCAUCACCUUCCACAGGACCUGAAACCCUCCUGGUCCGAUAUUGCAAUCACCUCGACUUGCCACCCAACGUGCAAUCUAUCUGCUCCGACAUUAUCGUUGCAGCGAGGAAACACGGUAUCGCUGACGGACGUAGUCCUGUGUCCAUUGCUGGUGGGGCGAUCUACUUUACUUGCCUCUUGCUAGGCAAGUUAAAGUCGGUUAGGGACAUCAGCAUGGUCGCGGGUGUUAGCGAAGGGACCAUUAAGUUGGUCUAUCGACUAUAUUACGCUGAAAAAGAGAAGCUGGUGAAGCAAGAGUGGAUUGACGAGGGCAAGGCCAAGCUAGAUCGGCUUCCUUUCGACACUACCAAGUAG